UUCUCUCCUCAUUCACUUCGAUGGACUGAGAUCUUUUCAUAGCACUUUUUUACGUUAAUAAGUUUCACUUCUUGCUCUUCUCUUCAGGCUUAAUUAUUACGUAGUAAAUUUUUAUUAGUUUUUCCCAGUGGACAAGAAGCCCGAAAAGAAUCUUUAUAAAAAUGGAUUUGGACCGCAAUCAUGACAACGAGAAUCCUCACCUGGCCGUUCUACUUCCGGAGAUUGCAACGAACAUUGUCACCUUCCUCCCCAAAUCGGACCUCAUCUCGUCUUGCACCUUGAUCAACUCGACGUGGGAACACGAAGCCAGAAAACGUUUCGCCCUAUCCUGGUUUCUCAUGAACGCAGAAAAUGUCGCCCAACGCCAAGAAAUGUCUUCCGUCUGGGAAAACUAUGCCAGAAACAUUGCGGUCUCCGAAUUCCCCAAUUUAUCUCGGGAAGGCCCCUGUGGAAACUUUAUUUCUACCCAUGGCCACAAAGUGAAACGAUUGCAGACUCGGCUACUCCCAUCAGAUGUCACAUGGCCCCAAUAUUUCGAAACCUUGUCAAACUCAUUCCCCAAUCUGACAUCGAUCGCGUUAGUUUUCGACAAUCUGGAUGACACCGAUUCUCCCCAAAAAAACCGGGUGUUCUUUACGAAAGUUAAACACCUAGCAAUCUACACGUCCUCAGACUUCGAGGGAACCCAGCAAAUACUAAGGACCCAAUUGGUCCCCUUAUUUCCAAAUCUUGUUACCCUCUUGUGCCAAACAAUUUGUCCUUCCGUGGUGAGAUCCUUCCUAAAGAACGCCCCCACUCUGACCUCCUUGACCUUGAUCAACACCGUAUUAGUUGGUCCAAUCCGAGAACACGUGGUAAAGCUGACCCGGUUAGAAAUCGGGAACAGUCUCUUCCCCGCCUUCUUGGAGCCAACUUUAUCCGCCUUUCUUGAAAUUUCAUCGGGAACGCUGGAAUAUCUGAGAGUAACCCUGGUAGCAAAUAUUGAUCCACAUUUGGUACGAAAUUACAACGGUUUGGACAUAUUUUUACCCAUCCUUCCGAAAUUGCGGGUUUUUGAACUUGUCCACAAUGACUUCGCGACACGGCUUAAGGGUAGCACAAAUUCGCUGGUGACACCCGCCGUAAAUCUGAAAUUUGAAGGGAGUAGUACAGAAACGAGGUUAAUUUAUGCCGAGCAGUUCCCCGUUCUGGAAACUUUACGGAUUUUGAAGGGCGUCCCUUCUCAAAAUGAUAAAUUGACGGAGCAAGAAUUUUAUGAGGCGAGUGUAUCCUUUUUGUACAAUUCGUUCCUUCAUCCGAGUAAUGAGGCGUGUUUAAGUUUGAGAGACUUGGUCAUUCCGUUCCGAGCGAGAGGGGAAAUGUUUAAGUUUUUUAACGUUUUGGAAUGUUUGUCCGAAAAUGGGAAAUGUUUUAAGUGGAAAGACCCCUCAGAAGUUUUGAAAAGGGUGAUAGCUGUUUUUCCAAAUUUGAUACAAUUGGAGACGGAGGAUUUUGGGGGGUAGUGAAAGUGAAGGAACGGGCGGAAAUUUAAGGGAAAAAGCUUGAUUUUAAUUUCUGAUGUGAGGGAUAUUUAGUUAGUAACUAAUAGUUAUAGAAAGGUCACAAAUUGUUAAGUUUUAUAAUUUUAAUUACAGAUAUAUUUAAUUUAUGUGUUUUAAUUAUUGGAUUUUUGAAUAGAUUUUUUUACCAUAUUCAUAUUUUUGCUUACAAUGUUGGCGAAAAUGCACUAGAAUAAUUGUUAUAUUAAACCGUGGUCAAAAUGUUUAAAAGGUUAGAGUAAAUGCAUAGGUUAAAAUUGUUUUUUUUCAGAAACAAUAAAAUAUUUAGAUAUUUUGUGACUAAU